CGAAUGCGCAUGCGCGGCGGCUUGGGCGCGGGUCGUGACCCAUCUUUGUGCAGGUGGACGCUGGGCGCUGGUGGGUGUGUGAGUCUUGUCUGCUCCUCAUCUUGGAUCGCAGAACCCCGCGUCCUCGCGCAGAGGAGCCCCGCGUGACCACGUCUGGCCUGCGGUGCUUGGAGGCCUGGGCUGACUGUGGGCCGUGGACCGGUCCGGCCGCCCGGUCCGCAGAUCAAAGACAGUCGCAUGAGGAUCCCAGAGGCCGUGGCUCUGACCGCUCUUUCUGGGACCAGGCACUGCGUGGGACCGUCAGACAGGACCCAGCACCAUGAGCCUUGGGGGUGUGGCCGACCCAGCAGACAGUGUCUUUGAUCUGGACUACGUAUCCUGGAAGGUCCGCUUGGUGCUGGUGGUCGCUGGCUUCACCUUCUACCUAGGUGUCUUCGUGGUCUGCCACCAGCUGUCGUCUGCCCUGAAUGCCACCUACCGCUCCCUGGUGGCCAGAGAGAAGGUCUUCUGGAACCUGGCGGCCACACGUGCGGUCUUUGGCGUCCAGAGCACCGCUGCAGGGCUGUGGGCUCUGCUCCUGGACCCCGUGCUCCAGGCUGACAAAGCGCUCGGCCAGCAGAACUGGUGCUGGUUCCACAUCACCACCGCGACUGGGUUCUUCUUCUUUGAAAACGUCUUGGUUCACCUGUCCAAUGUGCUCUUCUGCACAUUCGACUGGUUCUUGGCCACCCACCACUUCUUUGCCUUCCUUGGGUUUCUGGGCUCUGUGGUCAACCUCCAGGCUGGCCACUAUCUGGCUAUGAUUACGCUGCUCCUGGAGAUGAGUACGCCCUUCACCUGCGCCUCCUGGAUGCUCCUGAAGGCCGGCCACUCGGACUCGCUGCUCUGGAGGCUGAACCAGUGGGUGAUGGUCCACCUGUUCCACUGCCGCAUGGUUCUCACCUACCACAUGUGGUGGGUGUGCCUGGGCCACUGGGACCUCCUGGCCCGCAGCCUCUUCCUGCCACACCUGGCACUCUUCGUGGUGGGGCUGGCCCUCCUCACACUCAUCAUCAACCCCUAUUGGACUCACAAGAAGACGCAUCAGCUGCUCAACCCCACGGACUGGAACUUCGCCUCCCGCCACGCCGAUGGGCAGGUGCCAUCCAAGAAGGUGCAGUAGCCCCAGCGACGCUGACCCCAGCCUAGUGAGGACUGACCAACCCCGCCCUCCAGGGGCACCAGCCUGGAUUUGCCUUCCAAGAGCUUUCCGCCGGUGAUGUCACUACCCUCUGUGCCUGUCCCUGGGAGCUUAGCCUGUCUGUGCGGUCACACCAGGAGGGACCAUAUGGACCGGCCACACUGGAGCCAUUUAUGUGUCAUUCAAUAGCCUCAUUCUGUUUGCUUGAAGAGAAUUGUCUUCAGAUGGAAAAUAAUCGGCUCUGUUGACCGUAAGCCACGUCUCUGCAGUGCCACCUAGUGGCAGGCACUGGGCACUGACCUGACCUGGGACUUGGGGCCACAGGGACUUCUCACCAGGAAUCCCAACAAGAAUUUUCUUUCCCUGUCUGUUGCUCAGCUAAUACAACAAGGGAGAUAUUGGUGAUCCAUUUGUCUAGAUUUUAGAGCUGUUUUUAACUAGUUUCCAGUGGGUGCCCAGCCAGACACUAACCCUGUGGGUGGUGUUUCUCUAGGUGUCAGGUCAGAGCAGUGGUCACUUUCCCUUUGAGCCCUGGGCUGGACCCAGCCCCUUGGAGUGGUUGGCUGCAGGCCCUCCUCCCCGGCAUCCCAGGCACCCCUUUCCCUGUGUUGCAGAGCCCACGCCAACCCAUAGUUCUGUUGACAGAUGUAUAGACAUCUUAUUCUUGCCACAAGUGGGCAGUUAAAAUGAAGAGUCUAUUUAUUGAAAGCACCCUUGAUUGUAUUUGAAAGCCACAUGUGCUGGUCGUGAACAUCCCACGUGCCUCCCGCCCUUGUGCCCCUUGGAACGGUGUGCGCUGAUUCCUGUGCUCUGACUUUGUACACAGGGCAAGUUAUGACAUUGAGAGAAGUGAACCAGCCAGGUCCCUGCUGAGACCCUGCCUCCCUCACUGAAGUCCCUGGUCUGUCGCUGCCCACUCUUCCCCUCCCCCAGCGGUGGGAGUGGAGCUGGCUGUUUCCAAAGGGCAGAACAUUAAUAAAGUGACUGCUGUUGACAGAA